AGCUUGAAACAAGAGUUGGGUCCCGCCCCCCUUUCUUGUUGCGUGGCAACGCAAAAGGCUGACUCUGCCUACCGAACCUUAGAGGAGGCAGUGACGGCGGACUCAGCAGCUUUUCAGAUCCGAGGAAGCAGACAGGACUGGAGCCCACCCUUGCUGAGACUGAAGUGACAGCAGAGUUAUGCCCUCUAGGGCAAGAGGAAGAGCUCAGGGACUGCUGCUGUAGCCCAAGAACAGUCUUGGACCUGAGCCACUUGUUGGCUGCUUGAGCUGGGAGCUUCAAAAUUGACACUCGUUGCUAAGAAAGAUGUAUAAGGUAGACGUGUCACCAGAUCCAAAGGAGGUGGCAGCCAUUGAGGUUAGAAGAAAUCGAGAAAAAGAUCGACAGAGCCGAUUCUUCAAUGUGCGGACCCGAGUCAUGGGGGUGGAUGUCAAAGCCCUCAACAGCCAGGUAGAAGAGCGAAAGCUUCGAGAGGCAACAGAGCAGAGCAAGGAAGCAGCUUAUGGUACCUACCAGAUGCAGUAUGAUCUGGUAGCCCAGAUGCUAGAGAAGGAACAGGCAGAACGAACACGUCGGCUGGCCAGGAAAGUCCAGGAAUUUCGGGAGCAAAAGCAGCAGCUCAAGAACAGACAAGAAUUUGACUUCUGGGAUCCUGGCCGUUUCUGCAUGGAGUUUCCAGGCCGUUUCGGUGACAGUGACCCCUACUAUGGCCCAGCCAGCCUGCAGUGCUUUGCUGGGGAGGACCUGGACAGGGCUGCAUGCCUGAAAAUGCAGCAGGAGCAGUUCAAGUACAGCCUGGAGAGGCAACUGCAGGAGCAACGACAAGUCAAGGUUGAUGAGAAGUGUUCAGUGGCCUCAAACAGAGCCUGCCACGGUGUCAGGAGCUCAAUAAAUCAUUGUCAAAUGAACAACUGGAGACCGAAGUAAACAAGACAAGCACCCUGCCCUCCAUGAUCCCAUGAAACCAUGCCCCUUCUAGAAAAACAGUUUAUUUUUUUAAUUAUUUAUUUGAGAGAGAGAGAGCACGAGCAGGGGAAGCGGCAAAGGGAAAAGGAGAAGCAGACUCCCCUCUAAGCAGGGAGCCCAACACAGGGCUCAAUCCCAGGACCCUAAGAUCAUGACCUGAGCUGAAGGCAGACACUUAACGGACUGAGCCACCCAAGCACCCCAAAAAUCAGUUUAGUUGAAGAGGAAAAGAUAACAUGCACAAGUUAUUCAUCAGCAAAUAUUUAUGCUUUAACAGUGGUAGGUAUUGUGAUAUAAGUGUAUAUAGGACAUGGAGGGAACAUCAACAUGGGAGUGGUCAAUUCUCACAAGGAAAGGGAGGCAGGAUGGGGAGGUGACACAAGUCAGCUAUCAGGAAUCAGUUUUGGAAAGUUGGGUACAAUUUUUCCAAGGCACGGUAAGGGAACAAGAAAAGGGGCAGCAAGAGGUUAGAGAACUGGGGUUGUGAAUAGUCCAAGAGUGUAGGAUGCGUGAACAAUUUCAUGUUAGUGCAGCCUAGGGUUGAGGGCUUAGAGGAAGAGAAAAUGUGCAAGAAUUUUCUACGCCAAACUAAGGAAUUGUGACUUUAUUAUGUAGACAGUGAGUAACCAUUUAAGGGUUUUAAGCAGAGUGACAAGACUAUUUCAAUAUUUGGCAUAUAUUAAGCCACCUAUUUUGUGCCUGGCACAGUGAACAAAAUAGAAAAAUCCUUGCUGUCAUGGAGUUCACAUUCUAUUUUUUUAAAAUUUUUAUUUAUUUAUGAUAGUCACAGAGAGAGAGAGAGAGGCAGAGACACAGGCAGAGGGAGAAGCAGGCUCCAUGCACCGGGAGCCCAAUGUGGGAUUCAAUCCCGGGUCUCCAGGAUCGCGCCCUGGGCCAAAGGCAGGUGCCAAACCGCUGCGCCACCCAGGGAUCCCUGGAGUUCACAUUCUAAUGGGGACAAACAGACAAUAAACAAGAUAAAAUAGUAAACUAUACAGGGGACCCUUGAACACAGGUUUGAACUGCAUAGGUCCACUUAUAUGUGGAAUUUUUUAAAUACAAUACUGUAAACAUAUUUUCUCUCCCUUAUGGUUUUCUUUUUUUAAAAAAAAUAUUUUAUCUUUUCCAGAGAGAUAGAGAGUACAGGGGGAGGAGCAGAGAGAGGGACAGGCAGACUCUGCACUGAGCUCAGAGCCCGAAGUGGGGCUCCAUCUCAGGACCCUGAGAUCAUGACCUGAGCCAAAACCAAGAGUCAGAUGCUUAGCCAACUGAGCUACCCACCACCCCUCCCUUAAGAUUUUCUUAAUAACGUUUACUUUUCCCUAGCUUUAUUUUAGGGUUACAAUAUAUAAUACAUUUAAUAUACAAAAUAUGUGUUCAUCAACUUUACAUUACUGAUAAGAUCAACAACAGCAGGAGGCUGAGUUGUUAAGUUUUGGGGGAUUCAAGCUACAUGUGGAUUUUUGACUCUGUAGGAGGCAGGGCGGGGUCCAAGGGGGCACGGUGGACAUUGGUGUGCCUAAGCCCUGCAUUGUUCAAGGGUCAACUGUAUAAGGUAAUUAAGAUAGUUGCUAGGGAGAAAAAUAAAGCACAAAAGGGGGGACUUGGGGACUUAAGAGCGGUGCACAGUUGCCAUUUUAAAUAAGGAAAACCUCACUGAGGUCAUCUUUGAAUACAGAUCUGAAGAUAAAGGAUUGAGCAAUGCAAACAACUGAGGGAAGAACUGUCACAAGUAGAGGAAGUAACUAGUACAAAGACCUGGAGGCAGGAGAGAGGGUGUCUGGAAUGUUUGAGGAAGGCAGUACGGCCAGAGUAGCUGAAGUAGACCAAGUGAGGGGAAGAGUGAUAGGAAAUGAGGUCAGAGAGGUGAAGGGGCUAGAUCCAGUGGGCCUUCUAGGCCAUAGUGCAGAUUUUGGCUUUAACUGAGGGAGGGAGGAGCCACAGGAGGGUUUUAUGCAUCGGGGUGACAUGAUUUGUGUUUUAUACAUAAAACUUUGCAAGCAAUUGUAGAAAUUGGAUUACAGGGGAAGACCAGAGGCAAAGAAAUAAGAUAGAAGACUAUUGCAGCCAAGAGGAAGUGGCCAACAGGCAGCCAUGUAGCUAUAUGAUCCCAAGGUGGCAUAUAGCCAGUCUGGGCUGGAGGGAGAGAUCUGGAGGCCCACAGGCGGGGAAGGGUUUGCACAGGAUCAGAAUACUAAGCCUGGAUGGAGCCUGGGAAAAUAGUGCACUCUGUGAGGACAAAAGUCAGAGCUAUCUUAUUAACCACAACAACUCUGGUGACUUACAUACUCUGCCUGGUAUGUAGUAGGUGCUCAGGAAAUGUAUCUUGAGUGAAGGAGUGAUAGAGGAAAAAGGAGUGCAUAAUAAAGGGAUCAGGGAGGUAGGAUAAAAGAUGCAUAAAAUACUAAUAGCUAACCUUUACUGGGCACUUACUGUGUAUCAGACACUGUGCUGAGCUUGCUACCAUAUAGUAACUCAUGCAGUCCUCCCCGCCGCUCUGUGAGGCAAGCACUACUAUUAUCCCCAUUGUCAGUGGAGGAAACAAACUUUAACAGAGAUGUUAAGUAACUUGCCCAGUCAUACAGUUAGUGGGUGAUGGAGGCGGAAAGUAAACUCAGGCAGACUGGCUCCAGAGCCCACAUUCUUGGCCACUACACCAUACUUGCCUUCUCUCAAUCUCCAUGAGAAAGUAGGGUCAGAGAUCAAGGGAGAGUCUCAGAAUGGGAGUCAUCGAUAAUGUCAAAUGCUCUGGAGAAGUUUAGGUAGGAACCGAAACCUGUCUAUUGGAUUUUGAAAUUAGAAGUAUUUGGGGACUUUUGUCGGACUAGUUGCAGAGGUGCCAUGGGGCCAGCUAGAAGGCAGAGCUAGGCAGCAGGAACAGCAGGAUACCAAGGGAGGGUACAUGUUGUAUAAUGAAAAGAGCAUGGGCUAUUUCCUCGAGAGACCUGGAUUCAAAUCCCAACCAACUAUUUGCUGACUGUGUGACCUUGGGCAUUUUAUUUCACCUCUGGACCUCUUAGUGUCUCCACCUGAAAAAUGGUGCUGAUCCUUUCCUCUCUGGGUUGCAGUGAGGAAUGAAAUGAAACCACACACCUCUAUCCAUCCUCCCUAACCUCUGCCACCCUCCAGCCUCUGAAAUCCGUUCUUUGGACCUCUUCAAAGCUAAGCCUUAAGCCUAUGUUCUGGACCCCAUUAUCCGUGUCCCUCCCUCCACCUGCCCCCAGGCUGUGCUCUCUACAGUAUCCCCUGCCCUGUGUUUUCAACCUCUUCCACUGGUCCCUUCUGUGCCUGCUGUAAACAUGCUUAUGUCUAACCCAUAUUUAAAAAAAAAAAAAAAAAAGAUUAUCCCUGCACUCUGUGAUUUCUCUGGAUGCUGUGAGCUGUUUUCCUUUACAGCCAUACUUUUUGAAAAAUCUGCUUCCACUUGCUGUAUUUUCUUCCUUUCCAUUACACCACAACCCCCUGAGAUCUCCUUUCUCCCCACCCAACUUCACUGACACUACUCUUACUAAAAUCACCAAUGCCUUUGUAUUAUCAAGUACCAGAGACUCUAGUUAAGUCUUUCCUCCUCGGCUGGACCAUUCUUGCCACCCUUGACUCUGAUCACAUCCUUCUUAAUCCUCUCUCUUCCUUGUCUUCUGUCAUAGUACAUCCUGCUCUUAGCUCUCUGGCCAUUCCUUCUGUGUAUCUGCCCUUUGUGGGCUCCUUUUCCCUUACUCCUUUCUUGAGACUCGGUCUAUGUCACACUGCUUUCCCUACCCUGCAUACUUACUGCAGGUGCCCCUGGCCCUUGUCCUGCUUUCAGCUGCCAUGUCACCUACCACCUCUGUGCUGAGGACUCUCUACCCACAAAACCAGAUAGCCAGAUGCCUGCUGACUACCUUCAACUCAGCUUCCUAAACAGAAUUCAUCCAUGUACCCUAGCCUGCUCUUCAUUCUGUAUCUUCUACUUCCUGUGGUGGCCACACCAUGGCAUCCACGUAUCCAAGCCAGGACCCUAUGAAGCAUCCAAAUCUCCCCUCUUCUUUACUCUCUCAUCAGUACUGCUGAUGUAACGUUCUAUAUAUUUGGCCUGUUUUAAGCCCUCCAAGAUGGCUUCGCUACCUCCAUUGUCUCCCACCAGCCUGACUGUUUUCUAUAUUGGCCCCCAGAAGGAGCUUUCUAAAAUAUAAAUCUGUGUUGCCCCCUUACUUAGAAUAUUUCCAUUUUCCCCACCACCUGCAGGGCAAGUUUCUGGCCCUUUAUCUCACCCCUGCAAAGCUCCCUAGCCACUUGCAUUUUAUGCUCCAGCAAGAGCAGAUUAAUUAUAGUUUCAGACACAGACCAUACGGUGUCUUGAUUUCCUUCAUCCAUUUGACAAAUAUUUAUUGAGCACCUACUAUGUGCCAGGCUCUGAUCUGGGUGCUGGGCAUGGUAGUAAAUAAAACAGACAAAAUCCCUGCCCUCAACAAUGUUACUUUCUAUUGAGGAGAGAGACAGGCAAUAGACAAAAUAACUGAAAUGUUGAGUAUAUGGGAUGGUGACAAAUGGUAGGGAGAAAAAUCAGGGAAGGGGGAUAAAUAUUGGGGACAGGAAGGUUGCAAUUUUAGGUAGGAGACACAGGGAAGGCCUCACUGAAGUAGCAAUAUUUGAGCAAGGCCUAGGGGAAGCAAGAGAAAACAUGAGCCAAGAAUAACAUCUGUUGCAAAUCCCUGAUGCAGGAGUAUCUGGCAUGAUCUAGAAACUGCAAGGAGACUGGUGUGGCUGGACUAAAACAUGCCCUGGAAUGCCCUUUGCUCUUUCUUUCUAUACACAAAACACAUUUCAAGGAUCACCUCCUCCUGGAGGUCUUCCUCUCACCUUCCUCACAAAGCUCUCAUUAAUGCCCUGUAUACACCUCUAUCAUUGCCCUUCCUACAUUGUGGUAUGAUUUAUGUUUGAUCCAUCUCCCUGCAUCUUUCAUUUAGGCACUUGAGAAAUCCUUGUUGCUGCUACUGUGACUAUCCCUAAGCCCCCAAAAGUAACUCCUUCCACAUCCUACAAUUAGAACAUUCUCCUCCCAAACAUACACAUCCACACAUCUACCAAGCUUGUUGAACAAAUGGCUGAAUGAGUGAACCAGGAAUGGAGCAGGCCACUAUAGUGCCUGGCCAUAUUUUUCUGUGUAGAUAUGCUCAAUGACCAGCUGCGCCUAGCCAUGGACAUGCGGGCCACCCAGUUGGCCAAGCUAGAGGAGUCCUGCCGUGUGGCCAUGAUGUCUGCCAUGGCCAAUGCCAACAAAGCCCAGGUAUGGCCUGAGCCACUCAGUAUA